CGGCCCGGCCGGCUCCGCAGCCCCGCGGGCGGCAGCCAAGGCGACCGCGGAGGCGGCGGGCAGGGCGCGUGCGCACUGCAGGGGCGCCAGAUUUGGCGGGAGGGGGAGUGUCCAAGGCUCUUUGUUUGAUGGCAUCUCUGUUUACAGAGUUUACACUUUAAUAUCAACCUGUUUCCUCCUCCUCCUUCUCCUCCUCCUCCUCCGCGACCUCCUCCUCCUCCACCUCUUUCUCCCGAGAAACUUCGCCCCGGAACGCCGCUGCGCAGCCGGGGAGGACGCAGGCAAGCGGCGGGCAGCGGGAGGCUGCAGCCCCUUGCGGUCCCCGCGGCUCCCGGCGGAGCCCCGCGCCCGCCGCGCCAUGGCCCGGAGACCCCGGCACAGCAUAUACAGUAGCGAUGAGGAUGAUGAAGACAUUGAGAUGUGUGACCAUGACUAUGAUGGGCUACUUCCCAAGUCUGGAAAGCGUCACUUGGGGAAAACUAGGUGGACCAGGGAAGAGGAUGAAAAACUAAAGAAGUUGGUGGAACAGAAUGGAACAGAUGACUGGAAAGUUAUAGCCAAUUAUCUCCCGAACAGAACAGAUGUGCAGUGCCAGCAUCGAUGGCAGAAAGUACUAAACCCUGAGCUCAUCAAGGGUCCCUGGACCAAAGAAGAAGAUCAGCGAGUGAUAGAGCUUGUACAGAAAUACGGUCCGAAACGUUGGUCUGUUAUUGCCAAGCACUUAAAGGGGAGAAUUGGAAAACAAUGUAGGGAGAGGUGGCAUAACCACUUGAAUCCAGAAGUUAAGAAAACCUCCUGGACAGAAGAGGAAGACAGAAUUAUUUACCAGGCACACAAGAGACUGGGGAACAGAUGGGCAGAAAUCGCAAAACUACUGCCUGGACGAACUGAUAAUGCUAUCAAGAACCACUGGAAUUCUACAAUGCGACGGAAGGUGGAGCAGGAAGGUUAUCUACAGGAGUCUUCCAAAGCCAGCCAGCCAACGGUGGCCACAAGUUUCCAGAAGAACAAUCAUUUGAUGGGCUUUGCUCAUGCUCCACCAUCCGCUCACCUUCCUCCCACUGGACAGCCCUCAGUGAACAAUGACUAUUCCUAUUACCACAUUUCUGAAGCACAAAAUGUCUCCAGUCAUGUCCCAUAUCCUGUCGCAUUACAUGUCAAUAUAGUCAAUGUUCCACAGCCUGCUGCUGCAGCCAUUCAGAGACACUAUAAUGAUGAAGACCCUGAGAAAGAAAAACGAAUAAAGGAAUUAGAGUUGCUCCUAAUGUCAACUGAGAAUGAGCUCAAAGGACAGCAGGCACUACCGACACAGAACCACACAUGCAGCUACCCCGGGUGGCACAGCACCGCCAUCGCCGACCACACCAGACCUCAUGGAGACAGUGCACCUGUUUCCUGUUUGGAAGAGCACCACUCCACGCCAUCUCUGCCGGUGGAUCCUGGCUGCUUACCUGAAGAAAGCGCCUCUCCUGCGAGGUGCAUGAUCGUCCACCAAGGAGCCAUUCUGGAUAAUGUUAAGAACCUCUUAGAAUUUGCAGAAACACUUCAAUUUAUAGAUUCUGAUUCUUCAUCAUGGUGUGACCUCAGCAAUUUUGAACUCUUUGAAGAAGCAGAAUUUUCACCUAGCCAACAGCAUGCAGGCAAAGCCCUACAGCUCCAGAAAAGAGAGGGCAAUGUGAAUAGACCCGCAAGAGAGCCUAGUAAACGCACGUUGAGCGAGGGUUCACUUGGCCUGCUCAAGCCCCUACCGCCUGCAAGGCACAGCACAAUUCCGCUGGUCAUCCUUCGAACAAAGAGGCGCCAGGCCAGCCCCUUAGCCACUGGAGACUCUAGGUCCUUCACAUUUGCUGACGUCAGCAGUUCAACUCCAAGUCCAUCCCCUGUCAAAAGCCUGUCCUUCUCCCCCUCGCAGUUCUUAAACACCUCCAGUAAUCAUGAAAACUUAGACUUGGAAAUGCCUUCUUUAACUGCCACCCCUCUCAGUGGUCACAAACUGACUGUUACAACACCAUUUCAUAGAGACCAGACUGUGAAAGCACAAAAGGAAAAUACUAUUUUCAGAACUCCAGCUAUCAAAAAGUCAAUCCUAGAAAGCUCUCCCAGAACCCCUACACCAUUUAAACAUGCACUUGCAGCUCAAGAAAUGAAAUAUGGCCCCCUGAAGAUGCUACCUCAGACACCAUCUCAUCUAGUAGAAGAUCUGCAGGAUGUGAUCAAACAGGAAUCUGAUGAAUCUGGAAUUGUCACCGAGUUUCAAGGAAAUGGACCUUUACUGAAGAAGAUCAAACAAGAGGUGGAAUCUCCAACUGAUAAAGCAGGAAACUUCUUCUGCUCCAACCACUGGGAAGGGGAGAGUCUGAACACUCAGCUGUUCACACAGGCAUCACCUGUGGCAGACGUGCCAAAUAUUCUUACAAGUUCCGUUUUAAUGACGCCAGUAUCAGAAGAUGAAGACAAUGUCCUCAAAGCUUUCACAGUACCUAAAAACAGGUCCCUGGCAAGUCCCUUGCAGCCUUGUAGCGGGGCCUGGGAAGCUGCAUCCUGUGGGAAGAUGGAAGAUCAGGUGACAGCCACCGGUCAGGCUCGGAAAUAUGGGAAUGCCUUCUCAACCCGGACUCUGGUCAUGUGAGACGUUCCCAGACAAGCAUUAUGGUUUUCAGAACACUUCACGUCGACUUAGGAUAUGUCGUUCCUCUACAUGAAACUUUUCAUGAAAGGGAGAAGAACCUAUUUUUGUUGUGGUACAACAGUUGAGAGCAGCACCAAGUGCAUUUUAGGUGGAUGAAAUCUUAUCAGAUUUCACCCAACUAAAAGGAUUUUUUAAAAAAAAUAAAUAACAGUCUUACCUAAAUUAUUAGGUAAUGAAUUGUAGCCAGUUGUUAAUAUCUUAGUGCAGAUGUUUUUAACAUAAAGCGAUUUACCUGUAUUUUAGAGGAUCCAACAGACCCAGUAUUUUUUCAUGAUGAGAUUUUUGAAAUUUUGCCCAAAAUACGGUACUCCAAUAUUUCACUUUUCUCAAUCACUAAACACAAUGCAUUACUAUAAACGUUGGUUUAAUACCAUGGGACAAUUAAUCAAGAUUGUAAAUGCUCAUUUAUGGUUACUAACAUUGGAGGUACACUUAUUGUACUAAACCAUUUGGUGAGUUUUUUGUUGGCUUGCUUUAAAAAUUAUUACUGUAUGAAAUAGUUUUAUAAAACAAAUUAUAUUUUUAUUCAGUAAUUUAAUUUUGUAAAUGCCAAAUGAAAAGAUGUGUCUUGCUGCUAUGGUCUUAGCCUGUAGACAUGCUGCUAGUAUGAGAGGAGCAAUAGAGCUUUGGACAGAGACUUGGUGUUAGAUAAUUGACUAUGCACUAGUUAUUUCAGACUUUUUUAUUUUUUAUAUGUAUACUUUUUUUCCCUUUUGUAAUACAUUGGAAAACUUAUUUGGGAGACUUAUGCAUUUGUUUUUUGUUAUUUUUUGUUGUUGUUGUUAACUGUGGUUCAUAAAGGUUGCACUUCUUUUUUUUGGGAGAUCUAUGUUAUUGGUGUCCUACGUUUUGUUUUGAGUUCGGCCUGACUGUUCCUUAAUUCAGAUGUUAUGUGUUUGAUCAGCAUUCCCCUUGGUUUUGAAGUGUCUGGUCUCAGAACUGCCACACAGAGCCUGUGUUUGCAGCUGGGCCAAGGAGACUAGGUUCCGGAGCUGCCUUAACAACGUUUGGUACAAGAUCACUAGCACUGAACUUUUGAUACGAUGAUGUACUUACUGCCUUGUAGUGAAAUAAAGCUGUGCCCUUAUUU